AUCAAGAGUGAUAUUUCGUGUUGGUGUUUUUGUUUUAUAUAUUAAAUAGCUGUUUUAUCUUAGAAAAGAUAUAUACACAAAAUAUUUGCAGAUGCAAUCUAAUUGAUAUAAUGGAAGAAGAGAUAAGAGACAGUCGAUCUUGUUACAGGAUGACACGUCACUCAUGGUUCACUCAGCGUGCAUUUACCAUCAACAAACAACAUAACAUUUGGGAUCGUGAGUCGGGCUUAAACCGUUAUAAUAAACAGGGUUGUUUACCAGUGCUUACGCACGAACAGGAAUUUUACAGAAGCAUAGUUCCGGGAUUGUCUGUAUCAAAUGCUGGUUAUGGCCUCGGAUUUAUACGUAAAUUUACACCUGAUGGUAAAAUGUUAAUAAGUUUCUCGUUACAAAAGGAUGCUCUUUGGGUAUUCAAAUAUAAAGGAGUUGGAUCUGUUCAGAAUUCUCUACGUUCUUGCUAUGAAGAAGUUGUGGACUGUGAUUUGGAUAUUGAUCCAGACCUAGCUCAAGAUCUAUUUAAUUUUCAUUUGGCAAUACCAAUUAUCACCGAACAAUAUUCACGCUGGACAUUAAAUCGUGAAUUUAGUAUAUUCCUUGAAAAUGGGCGUUAUGUUUUGUUGGCGGCCAGGUGUUAUAUAAAUUAUAUAAGUGUGCCCCGAGAAUAUUAUUUAAAAUAUCCCGACAUACACGAUGAUACGGAAAUUUUCGACUAUACCUUUUUUCUGGUGGAUUUAAAAGAAGGCAUUGUCAGCGAUACAUAUAAAAUACGUGAUUAUGUUUCGCUAAAUAACAAUUAUGGAGUCUCAGCUGUCGGGAAUCUUAUUGCCAUUACGUCAUAUUGCCGUCAAUGCAUUGAUAUUCUGGAAGUGCAUAAUGGAAAGCUUGUUAGCCUAUGCCAGUUAAAUAAAGAACAAGAGACAAUGCGGAGAGAACAACUUAACCAUGAAUUGCACACCAACGGUGUACCUGAGCCGCCAAUGAAAGGAAUAUUAUCACCGUUAAAACAGCAAUGCAUAUCACAUCUAUACAAAGAAGCAAACGCAUGUAACUGUUGCGAAAGGAAAGAAAGGUUGUUGAAAUUUUACAAAGACUUUCCUUUGUAUGAAGAAGUAAAACUAGCAAAAUCUCAGUUCAUCAAUAAAGAAACCCUUCUUAUGCGCUUCGAAAUGCCGAGAAACACUUCAACAGAUACAGGCAGUGAACAGCCAUCUAGAGAUACAAUGUAUUUCAAAUUAUAUGUGUUUUACUCAUUAUCUGAACUCAAGGUAUUGCGAAUUUUUCAACAUGACUCAAAGGAGUUACUUCAUUUGCAAAGAGAUUUUUAUGAAAGUUUAAGAAAUGUGCGUUCAUGGCACACGGGAAGACCGGCGUCGUCACCAAGCAAUAGUAUUUAUUAUCGUUUCAAGCAUGAUACCUGUAUUAAACACUGUGCCAACGAUCCGGCAACGGAAUACAAUAUAAAAUUGCCUUUGUGUGUGGAUUGUACAAGCUGUUCGCCAUAUUUAAAUUUCGACGUUUUUCUGUAUGAUGAUCGGCUUAUAUCACCGACGGAAACACCUAAGUAUAUGAGUAAUCGUCCUAUUACUUUUAUGGAUCGAUUAACUUCUGCCGUAAAUUAUCGUAUACAUCUGGACACGAGUCAAUUAAGUAAUUCUAAACGUAAUCAUCUCGUAUCAUUCGUAUUUCAUCCAUAUGAGCCAUUCUUUAUAAGUGUACAACAAGUUUUCGGCUCAAUUGAUCGUUCUAUUCUUGUUAAUUUUCACAUGUAUUGCACGACCACUAAAGUUAGUCAAAAAAAAGAUUUUAAAUCUGCAACUAAUGAUAAACGACAAAGACUUCUCUAAUAACAGUAUUUGUAGUUUAAUCAUAUUUGUUGUAUGUUGAUAUUAGUGAUUUAUAACAAUUUAAUGUGGGUGAGAUAUGAAUUCGGAAAUUAAGGCAUUAUCAAUGUUUCAUUGUUACUCAUACAGAAAUUUAAAAUAUUUGCUUUAGUAACAUUCGCAUCAUUAAAUGAUGUGAUUCGUGCCUUAAUAUAAUGUUAGCAAGAAAAGGUAUAACCACAAAAUGUAACUGAUAAAUUAUGUAGGAAACUUAAGAUAUUUCAUUAUAGUUGUAGAUAGUAAGUUGUUAAAUUAUAUAAAUAUUUAUACAUAUUUUUCAAUUUUAAAGAAAUU